GGAACGAUGGCGUCUGUCCGUCUGAAGAGAAGGCGCCAAACUCAAACUGCAAAAUAUGUCAACGAGCGGAGUGGAAACGGUUCAGAGCCCGCUGCUCUCCUCCAGUUUCUGUUUCAGCCCGUGGUCGUGUGUGUGCGCGAAGGGAUGGUCGGCCGCUGUGUGGAACGGUCUCAGUGACCCGCUGCUUGCUGCAGCUGCCUCCGGAUGCUCUGCCCCCGAGCCGUGGCUCCUCCCAGGAUGCAGCUCUGUCUACGACAGCCUGGUCAGUAACGUGUCUCCGAUCCCGUCUCCUCCUGCUGCCAGCGGCCUGCGAGGACGAGAGAGAGCCGGCAGCACCAAACCUCGCAGGCCGUCCAUCCUGGAGCGCUGCAUCCUCAAAGUGUCGACCAGCAGUGUGGCGGUGGGGACGGACGACCUGGACAGUAAGAGACCCCCCAUCAGUCGCUGCUACCCCCGCCUCCCCGACCCCGCCAACACAGAGACCAACGCUGCGGUUCUGAAGCGGCGGCAGAAACAGAUCCAGUAUGGUAAGAACACCAGCGGCUACCAGAACUACCUGCAGCAAGUCCCCAGACACAUGAGGGACCCUAAGCUCCACCCAUCGACUCCCAACAAGUACAGGAAGUACAGCCGCCGCUCCUGGGACAUGCAGGUGCGUCUGUGGAGGCGGGCGCUGCACCUCUGGGACCCUCCGUCCGAAUCCCAGCCGGACGCCGAAGAGACACAGGACCCCGUGGAGCAACUGCAGAGCCAGCUGGCCAAGAUGACCUCUGACCUGUGUGAGGAUGGAGGAGACAAGCAGAGAGAGAAGGAGACUCAUGCAGCCUCCAAAGCCUCCUCUGUGAGUCUUCUAUCGGCCGGGACGUCUCUGGAGCUGCCCGGACCCUGGACCAGCCCGCUGUCCCCGGAGGAGGACGGCAGCCUCAGACCUCUCCGCUCUCCUCCUGGACUGAGCUUCUCCUUCAGGAGUCAGCUGAUCAACGACAACAUGAACGACUGGAUCCGCUUCCUGCUGGAGGCCGAUGAAGCCCAAGAUUUGGGCUCUGAUGACCAGCAGGUUCCUGUGUUUUCAGACCAGCUCCUGUGGAACCCUUACUGAUCUCCACCGCCUGAAACAAACACGCUUGAGUCGUCUGCAAACAAGUCCCUGAUGUGAUGUGGUCGGUCUGGACCUGUUAGUGCGGGUCUGUGUGUGUCUGUCCGUCUUUUUAAGAUAGUUGAAGUUCGACUCUUAAGGACAGCAGAAUGUGAUCCGAGAACAUCCAACCCUCUGUGAUCUACUCCGAGGAGGACUGACAGGAACCUCAACUCCUCCCCGGAGGUGUUGAGAUUUCCCAGCUGCUCUUGAACACCUCCUCCGGUGUGGCAGCUGAACGCUGAGCAUUGUACUUUAGUUUGCACUUAGUAUAUUUCUGUUACCUGCACCUCUCACCUGCAUCAUGUUUUGAGUUGAAUGUCCCUGCACUAAGCAAAAGCUGCCGUUUCUACUUAAAGUCACAGAUUCAAAGUAAAUGUUUUAAUUUCAUGUUUGUGUCACGCAGUGGCCUCUCGGCUGUCUUCCGUCCACACUCACCUUCAUGCUCAGCUGCCAGUCUGUCCCUCCUCUGAGCCGUCGUGUUUUUUCUCAAAAACAAAACGGGGAUAAUGGGGGGGGAAAAGAGCUGUCGCUUUGUGUUUUCUUUUACUUGUGUUUAUCAAUUUGUAUUUUGUGCUGCUUGAAUCUGGAGAGCAAAGCUGAAAGAUGUAAUUAAUAAAGAUGUAAAUAAAGUGUUAAAAAUUCA